AAAGGUCGGGCGGAAGUUCCCGGAGCUUCCGGUGGCUGCUGGAGUGCGAGCUAUGGCUAAACAUCACCCGGACUUGAUCUUUUGCCGCAAGCAGGCUGGUGUUGCUAUCGGAAGACUCUGUGAAAAAUGUGAUGGCAAGUGUGUGAUCUGUGACUCCUAUGUGCGUCCCUGCACCCUGGUGCGCAUAUGUGAUGAGUGUAACUAUGGCUCCUAUCAGGGGCGCUGUGUGAUCUGUGGAGGCCCCGGUGUCUCCGAUGCCUAUUAUUGUAAGGAGUGCACCAUUCAGGAGAAGGAUAGAGAUGGUUGCCCGAAGAUUGUCAAUUUGGGGAGCUCUAAGACAGAUCUCUUCUAUGAACGCAAGAAAUACGGCUUCAAAAAGAGGUGAUUGGUGGGCGGCAUCUUCCUCCCUCCAUCAAGCUGCUGCAGCUGCCAGAAAAGACACCUGCUGCCAACAGAAAGGGAGUGGAGUGCAGGACCACCCGGUCGCCUGUAGUACACUGUGCCUUCAACCCCUCCUCUCCUCUCACCCAGACAAUGUGGUAGGAAUGGAAAAGGAUGCUUCUCAGAGCACUCGGGCAGACCGUAGCAGAGAAAAAAAUGAUAGAUUAUUUCAUGGUUUGUCUUGAAUUCAAAAAGCAAGAGUCUGUUUUCCACGUUGAUAAGUUCUCUUGACACCAGGAGCUUCUGAAACAGGAAUAAUACCAUUUCCAUCUUCUAAUUGAGGAGUUGGCUGACACUACCCACAGUGAGAAACGUGUUCUUACGGCAGCUCCAAUGGCAGUGGCCUCGACGAAACAUCUGCAGUGUGGUAGGGAGCUCUCAGAACAAUAAAUGUGGGCGUUUAAUCCUGUAACACUUACCAGGUGGUGCUGGUUCAUGUUGUUUCUCUUUUAAGAAAUUGGAAACCCUUUCUGUUGCUAUUGUAUUAAUAAAGCAGGUGUUUAUUUUCUGGUAGUCA